UUAAACCCAGCCAUCACCGCAUUCCAUCAACACAACCACUUCUCACCAACUCACAAUCACAAUUAACCAGUAAAUCAACUCAUGUGAGACGGCCUCUUCCCUCACAGCACCUCAUCAUGCCCACUCUCAACGAGGUCCGCCAGUCCAACGCGACCCUCUCCACCAGCCGGCCCGAACUGAUCGCCGUCUUCGUCGGCGGCACCAGCGGCAUCGGCGAAGCAACCGCCAAGCAGCUGGCCCAGUCCGUGAAGCAGCCCACCAUCCACGUUGUGGGCCGCAGCGCUGCAUCGGGCUCGCGCGUCCUGGAGGAGCUCCGCGCCGCCAACCCCGACGGCAAGUUCCACUUCAUCCAGGCCGACCUGUCCCUGCUGCGCAAUGUCGACACCGCCUGCGAGCAGAUCAAGGAGAAGGAGAAAUCCAUCGACCUGCUCUUCCUGUCGACGGGGCAUCUGGCUAUGUCUAAGAAUGAAACCGAAGAAGGCCUAGACGACAACCACGUCCUACGCUACUACGGCCGGAUGCGCUUCAUCCACAACCUCCUGCCCCUGCUGGAGAACUCCUCGGGCGCGCCGCGAGUCGUGUCCGUGCUGGCCGCAGGGCAGGAGGGCCACGUGGACGAGCACAACCUCGACCUGCGGCAAUCGUGGUCCUUCCGCAAGGCGGCGACCUACGCGGCGACGCUCAACUCGCUGGCGCUGGAGCACCUGGCCGCGGCGCACCCGACGGUGGGCUUCGCGCACGUCUUCCCGGGGAUCGUGCGCACCCCGCUCAUGCAGUCCACCUUUGGGAACUGGGCCGGCGCCGUGCUGGGUGUGCUCUCGCGGCCGCUGUCCAUGACGCCCGAGGAGAGCGGCCAGCGCAACCUGUUCAUAGCCACCUCCGCGGCGUAUCCGGCCGCCAAGCCCCGGGAUGCGUCGGGGUAUGUGGGGACGCCGUUGGCGGAGGGGCUGCGCACGGCGGUCGCGUCGACGGGGCAGGUCGGGGCGGGCUCGUAUAUCCUAAAUUACGACGGGAAGAAUGCGACCAAGGAGAAGUUGAUGGCCGAGUAUCGCGAGCGCGGGUUUGCGGGGAAGGUGUGGGAGCACACGUUGGAGACUUUCCGGCGGGUGUUGCAGAAGGACUGAGUCUGUUUCAAUUGGUGUAUAAGUAGGUGGUUUGUAAUGAGUAUCUUUUUUUUGACGAUGCAGUGUGUAAUGCGACAAAUUAA